AUGUCCAAAUUCCGGGUGGUGCAGUUGACGCAGGAGGCGCUCAAAGUCCAAUGCAAAGUAGACGACUUCGAGGAGUGGGGAGCUCCAACGCUAGAUCUGCCUCAAUACCAACGCAAGGAGGAGUUGCAACGCGAAACCCCGUUUUCCCAGCGAGGUUCUAUCUUUUGGGCUCUUGUGGAAGAUACAGGAGACAUUGGGGACUCGAACCUGGUGGCUGGUCAGACAGUGCUCUAUUGCCACUGCGAAAGCCACCAAUUUGACUGCGCUGUUCGCCGCAGUUCUGGGGAGAUUGAACGGGGUUACUCGCGCCAUAUCGGGUCGGUUUUCACACUGCCUCAGCACCGCAAGCGAGGACUCGCCAAAUUUUUCAUUAGUGAAGUGGCGAAACAGUUGGGAGAGCUACCAGGGUCGCUGGUGUCGGUGCUGUACUCAGACAUUGGACCAAAAUACUAUGACAAGCUUGGGUGGAAGCUGCAUCCCUCCAAAAUGGCGACUUUGGAUGUUACACACUCCCUUAACACCAAAAGUGACUGCAUCAGCAGUGCAGAGCUGGAGUCGCUGACUCUGGAUGAGAAGUUUGACCAUUUUCUUCAAGCUGACAAUUCGAAGUUGUUGAAGGAGCUGUCAAGUGAUCGGUUUAAAGGACGGGAGGCGUUUGUAAUUCUACCCACUCGCGAUUCUAUUGAGUGGCAGUUCUGUAUUGGCGUGUACUUUGCUCAAAUUCGAGGAUACGAGGAGCUUCCAUCGCGCUGCGGCGCGCAAAUCAGCGAGGAUGCCUUCAUCGUUUGGUGCCACAACUUGAAGGCGUCGACGCUGUAUGUGGUUCGAGCUCGGCUCCCGGAGGGUGACAAGAACGCUGCAGAGACCACUCGUUUGCUGUUAAACGAAGCGUUGAAGGAGGCUCGCAAGUUCAAGCUGAACAAAGUGGCUUUCUGGGAUCCCCCUUCAUUCUUAGCUGAUACCGAAGUUUGCAAUUACCUUGACAUUCAGUUCGUCGAUCGCGAGGACUCGCUGUCGAGUGCCAUGAUGUUUCAUCAUAGAGGUGGCGUUGAUUCUGCAAGUUUUCUUCCUUACUGGCUGGCGAACGAGAAGUAUGCCUGGGUCUAG